AUGCCUUCCUUCUUCGCCUUCCAACAAGGUAGCGAUCCUCGUGGCGCAACCACCGACAGCUCUCCUCUUCUUGGGCGAUUUCGCGCUGUGCCAAAUGCGCAGCGGUUUGGUGUAAGGACCCAGAGAAGUGUCCUGUUUACAAACUCUACUGCUGGCAGAGGCUUAGGGAGGGCAUAUGGUGCAAUAUUUGGAAACGGAGACGGAAGUGAUAGCGAGGAUGGGGACCUGUCGGAUGACGAUGAGGAGGGCAUCAUAAGACGCUGGGCAAGGACAUCGCGGGACCUAUGGCUAGAACCAAAGCAACCCGCGGUAGCUAGGGCUGUAGAUAAAUGGUGGUCGCGCUGGGCAGUGUUGGCUGCUCUGCCUGCAGCUUUGGCAGUAACUUGGUGCGCCUUACCUUUUCCUCAGUAUGAUCUACCGGACGAUAACGAUAUUGAUGGGCUGGGCUUUGGCUCUAAUGAGUUGGGACACAAGACCCCGGGUCAUGGAGAAGCACGAGUCGAGAUUAACUUCUGGUUUUUCCUAUUCGUGUACUACGGCUUCUACAAUAUCACUGCCUUGAUGUGGGUUACGAAAGUCUUCAAUAUCUACAGCCUGAAUUGGUGGCCGCAGAGUCUAGGUUUCCCGUUCACAGUCUCCGUAAUUGCAGCCAUCUCGAUAACUGCCCCAAUCCCAGUCUACUGCUUCCCAGAAUCAAGGUGGUUGACCAACCAUAACACAACUUGGAUAUGCUGGACAUUCUUCACGAUGGCUAUGCCCUUAAUAAUCGCCUUCGCCAUCCUCCUGAACCACGAGCGACACCUAGGCCUCCGUCAGUCCCUCUCCGAAACCCAACGGAUAUUUACAUCAUCUUGGUGGACUGGGGAUACUGAUACAAUUUCUGGCCGAGAUCGUCCCCGGAGACCUCCCAUCCCACAAGCAGCAUUCGAUCCUGACGCUCCUAGCGGAUUUUCCCUUGCUCCAGAUGCUACUCACCGAGAUCGGCCACGUAACUUGGCCAUGCGGAAGCGCUGGAUUCCUGCCAGUUUUGUCAGAUUCAUAUGGUUUUGCACAGCUCUGUUUAUUGCAAUGAUGGCCUAUGUUUUGGGCGAGGCCUAUGCUGAGGUUUACCUUAGAACAUUACCGCACAAUACCAUUCACACUAUUUUUUACGUUUAUAGCUGGGUAGUAACAGUUCAUCUGUUGGAUGGUUUAGUGGGUUGGAUAUUGGGUGGAAACGAAGGCGAAAGAGUAGGGAGCUACCCAUUGGGCUGGAUAUUUAAGCUCUACUUUUCUUUGACGUAUCAAACAUACGUCCGAGCCCUCUAUGCCCGUCUCCGCUCACCCGAGCAAUUUAUAUACCUGCAAAUACUCUCAUCAUCCUUCCUCAUCAUUCUCGCACCACUCACAAUCUCCAAACCGUUCCACUAUAUUCUUACGGUUCUCUCUAUCAAUGGCCAGACCCUCCCCGCGUACCGGAAGUUCUGCGCUAGGAAUAUCUUCAUUCGCGGAAUCGCCGAAAAUGUCUCUAUGCUCACCUUCCUCGGCUCGAUUCUCGUGCUUCAUUACGGAAGCAACAAAGACGUCUACCCCUAUUUCGCCUUUGAGCAAGGCGAAACAACCAGACCUGUUGGCCCGGUUGGAUCGCCUAUGGGUGGGGGAGACCAAUAUAACUUCAGCCUCACUUUGUACGCGUCUACUAUUACGUGGGCUUGCGAGAUCACAGCGGGCUGGAUUGCGAGAAGGAUAUUAUGGUAUGGGUGGAAGGUAGAUGUUACUGGGGAAGCUAAAACAGAUAUGGGGAUGUUGCCCGAGCUCCUUCCAACGGGAGUGGUUGUUAUGGUCCAUGUUUUACAGAACAUGCUAUUUUCGAUUGUGCGGUUGAGGUUCCAUUGA